UGGACAAGCGCGAGGGACUACUUUCCCCUCUGGCUCGGAAGAAGUCCCGGACCACAGGGGCAGUGCUGCCUGCUUGGGGUCCGUGGUUCUCGCUUCCGAAAAUUUGAAAUUGGAACCGUCCUGAGCGCGCGCCCAUUGACCACCCGCAGUAUUGGCAAGGCGCGCGCCUUGUCCACUUGACCCCCUUGUCCAGUACACGCGCAGCGCCUCGGUAACCCCAAGCCCCCCCCUCAUUAAAAUGGCCGAGGAGCAGGAGCUGAUCAGCGCUUCUGAGUUUAGUAAAGAUCGCUUGUACUUCGCAACUCUGAGAAACAAGCCGAAAAGUACAGUCAAUACGCAUUACUUCUGCAUUGAUGAGGAGCUGGUUUACGAAAACUUCUAUGCAGAUUUCGGACCACUCAACUUGGCCCAACUGUAUCGAUAUUGCUGCAAACUCAACAAGAAACUGAAAUCAUUUACUUUGUCAAGGAAGAAGAUUGUCCACUACACCAGCUUUGAUCAACGAAAACGAGCUAAUGCAGCAUUUCUAAUUGGUGCCUAUUCAGUCAUUUAUCUUCAAAAAACACCAGAAGAGGCUUACAGAUGUCUCGUAGCAGGAAAGAACCCUCCUUAUCUGCCAUUCAGAGAUGCCUCCUUUGGAAACUCCACAUAUCACCUAACCAUUCUAGAUUGUUUGCAUGCAAUUAAUCAGGCCCUCCAACAUGGCUUUCUAGAUUUUGAAAAAUUUGAUGUGGAUGAAUAUGAGCACUAUGAGCGUGUAGAAAAUGGUGAUAUUAACUGGAUCAUCAGUGGCAAGUUUCUGGCUUUCAGUGGACCCCAUCCAAAAAGCAAAGUUGAAAAUGGUUAUCCUCUCCAUGCUCCAGAAGCGUAUUUUCCAUACUUCAGAAAACAUGGUGUUACCACAAUAAUCAGACUUAACAAGAAAAUUUAUGAUGCUAAACGCUUUACUGACGCUGGGUUUGAACACUACGACCUUUUCUUUGUUGAUGGAAGCACACCUAGUGAUUCCAUAGUGAAAAGGUUUUUAACGAUUUGUGAAAAUGAAGAAGGAGCUAUUGCUGUGCAUUGUAAAGCUGGUUUAGGACGAACAGGUACGUUAAUAGCCUGUUACAUAAUGAAACACUACAGGUUCACUGCAGCAGAAGCCAUAGGAUGGAUUAGGAUAUGUCGACCAGGAUCUAUAAUAGGCCCACAGCAGCACUUCUUGGAGGAGAAGCAAGGCCACAUGUGGCUUGAAGGUGAUAUUUAUAGGUCCUUGAAAAAACGGCAGAGUAAUGAUAAAGAAUGCACUGGGUUAACCCGGAUCAUUUCUGGCAUUGACAGUCUUUCACUUGGUGGGAGCGUGAAAAUGAACUCCAUAGAUAAAACAAUAGAGAACAAUUAUACAGAAGAUGGAAGUCCAGCAACACCAAAUUAUAUGACUCAGGGAGAUAAACUUCGUGCCUUAAAAAGUAGGAGACAACCACGAUCAGCAACAACAGGAACACUAAGGUUAGAUGAUACAAAAAUUCAUUCAAGAUCUCCAUCACAGCCAUUCAGAGUGAAUUCUUCAAGUACUAGCCAAGGAUCAAUGUCACCUCUGAAAUCUUCAAAGAUCUCAAUGAAUUAUCCAUGUGCGAGAAGAAUUAGCAGAAGCCCCAUAUCCGUGAACAGUAAUAUAAAAAGCUUCUCCAUAAACUCCAGGCUAGGCAGUUCACUAGGAAAUCUUUAUGCUGCCCCUGAUGAAACUGAGAACGCUAUGACAUCAUCUCCUAGGACAAGUUUUACAUCUGGUUAUCCCUCCAACCAGCUGUAUAACAGUUCGCAGCUUCCUGCGAGAUAUUAUCAUGAACUGAACAACAACUACCAUGGCAAAAGCAACAGUGGCACUACCUGCAAUAUCCCCAUCAAUAAUUGUACCGGCCUGAAGGAUGAUUACAGCUGUAGAUCCACCUGCAGUGGUCUCGGCCCUGCCACCAUGCGAUACCUAAGCCGUUCACACCCCUCACUUCAAUCUGAAUACGUUCAGUACUAAAGCAUCACUACUUCGCUGAAAAUGGAAAGUAUUGUGGCUGACAAAGCAAAGAAACUGAAGUGAAGACUAAUCUUCCUGGGCUAGAAACUAGGCAACCUUAUAAUGUUUAAGGAUUUGUAAAUGGCCAGUAAUUGCUGUAUUGCAUUGGCAAUACUUUCAAAAGGAUUUUACUGCUUUCAUGACUGCAGUCUGCAUCAAGUAUUGGGAGCUGAUAAAUCAAAAGUAAUGCAAAACUUUGAUUCCUGUUGAUGACUAGUUCUUUUCACUUAUUUAUGGGAGUUUAAAUUAACAUUUAAAAACAUCUAAAAUUUAAUCGUCCGGAGAUCCAGCUGAAUUGCUGCAAAUAAGGCAAAACCUUAUAAAUUUGGGUUCUUUCAAAGAACUCUAACAUCCUGAAUUGAAGUUAAACUUUUGAAUAUAAUAACCCUCUACAAUGAGCCAUUUAAAAGGUUUAUUAAAGCAAGAGGCAUUUGCAAAGAGAUACAGCUACAAAAGAAGUACUAUAAUAAAUUGUAACCUAGUAGCUUUAACAGUGGAAGUUUAGUGACUCAGCCUCAGUACUCAGAAGUUUGAAUUCCAGUUUCAGCUGUCACCUAUACUUUCCUGCACUCUCAGUUUGUCACUGUAUGUAACUAAGUUGCGAGAUGGACUGUUGUGCCAGGAGAAGCACUGUGAUCAGCUUGCGUAAACAUUGGUGUUGGCUGUGAGGAAGUCUGUUGGUCAAAAUAUUUCAUGCUAUGUAAUGCAAACCCUGUAAUUAGCCAUUUGACUAGAAGAAAGGAUAGGGUUUCAAGCAGAAAAUAAAAUUAAUCUGGGGAUUGUUAACUAUAUUCCCAAAUAAGUUGGCCAGAAAUUAGUGAAUGUCCAUUUGUUCUGGGAAAGCACCACACUAAGAGCAUAAAAUACUACAGUAAAAAAAUUACUGAUGUAGCUGCAUAUUAAUUGCAAAAAUAGUUAUUUACAAUUAUUUUUAAAGGCUGAUUUUACAACUCUUGAUAUUAAACAGCAAGACUUGGCACUGAUUUGAACUAUCAGUUAAUAUAUUUUUAAAAAAAUGCAAGAAUAAUGUAAAUGAACAGUUAGAGUUUAAUAUAAGGUGAGUUGUAAAAUUUGACACUUAUGAGCACAGUCAGUUUAGAUUUAUUUUUGGUUCCAAGACCAGCUUUAUAUUUUUUAAAUUAUUUCCACUUUGAUAGAUGUAUAUUUGGUAUCCUAAAUGAAAGUAUUGUGCUUUCCUUGUUCAUUCCAAAUGUUCUAUGUUAACAUUUGAGAGUUUUAGUACGAGUACCAUUCAGGUAAUGGUGAUUAAAAUUCAGAGGUAACUUUCUUUAAUCUGCCCUUUCAGAACACUAUAGUUCAGAAGAAAGUUUUAAUGGCAUUAUAUAUUUUUUCAUUCCUACUCUAUAAAUGUCAAUUUUCUGAAAUAAAUAACAUAAUUUUAUAAAGUGACAACUACUCGUGAAAAAUCUUAAAAAUCCAUUCACUGGAGUUUUAAACCUACCAGAUGGCAGUUGGAAUGUGUAAGGCAAAGCCUUUGAUUUUUAAAAUAUUGGUAUUAAAUAAAUAUUUUGUAAAUGAAUGAGAAAAAUCUUGUUUGUAGUGUUAUCAAUAUAUCAAAACUAUUUUAAUAUAAUUGCAGCUGUCAAAGGAAUCAUUGUGAAAAGUUUGUUAUAGAAUACUUAUGUUUGCUGUUUGAAAUGAUGGUUGUACAUUUUUAACAGUACAUUAGACAGCUGAGAUUCUACCUCCUUAGUUAUGUCUGGAAGAUAUAGAGCUUAAAAGCGCAUAUAUUUUUCAUGCUGUGUAUAAAGGGGUUUUUAAAAUGUUUAUACUUAACUUUCUAACUAUAGGCCAGUAUUUUUUUUAAUUGUAUCCAAAUAAUUAAACUUUUAAUUUUAGUUAUUCAGUAAA